AUGAAAUAUGAUCCUGCUAUUAGACAAUAAGUGCUCAUGCUCAAAAUUAAAUCCAUCAAGAAUCCUUUGCUCCAAAAGUUCCUUCGAAUGUUAUUGAGUAAAGAGAAAUAACUUAUUGAUCUCAUUAAAUUCAAGUAGAACCAAUAAACUAUAGAUUUAGUCUAAGAUCUCAUCGAAAUGGCUAUUGGAACUAAAAUUAGUUUGGUUGUGGUAGAGAUUUUAUUGUUCUGUGCUCAAGCUUUAGAGAACUGCGGUUAAAUUGAAUUGUCAAUACAUUUGUACAAUUAAACUAGGUGA